AUGGAAUAAGUUUUAAUAUUGAUUGAUUUUAUAUAAGAAAAGUGCUCUAUUUAAAAAGAGGAUGUUAAAUAAAUACUUUUUCUUUUAAUGAAUAAAAAUUGUUAUAUAGACUUUGAGUUUUUUUCUAGCAAUGAAUUUUCUAUUAUUUUAAGGACAUAUAACACUGUCAAAUAAGAAGAAGUACUGCUAAGAAUCCUUGAAUGUUCUAGAAAUUAGUUAUUAACCUUACAUGAUUAAAAUAAACUAAAUUAUUUUUCAGAGGAAAAAUACUCCGCUUAAUCUUUAGGAAAAAUAGUCGAUAAUUUUUAUGUUUUGAAUGAUUGUUUUACAAGCAUAAAGUAAAUUUGUACAGAAAGUUCAGAGAUUUGUAGAGAUUAAAGAGUUUUAAUUGUUUAAGAAAUUCUGCAGGUACAAAAUAAAGAAGACUAUGAUCCUAAUUAAGAAAGAUUGAAAACUAUGCUAGAAUUUAACAAGGAAAAUAUUUUUAAAUUCUCUCAAAUUGAUGAAAACUAUGAAAUUAUUAGUAAGCUUGAAGUUGAUGAUGUGGAGGAAUUUUCUAAUUUCAAAAAUUUAUAUCAAAAAUUAAGCAAAUGUGAACGCUUAAAAUAUUUAAAACUUAACUUAAAUUAUCUUUAGAUUGAAGCUUCAGACAUGAUGAAUUUAGUUCAAAGUUUAGAUAAUAGCAAAGAAAUAAAAAAUUUAAUUCUAUUUUUAAGGAGCAAUAAAUUAUAAUCUGAUGGUAUAGCUAUUUUAGGGUUGUUAAUUAGUGAUUUGCCAGAUUUGGAAUAGCUUGAAUUAUAUAUAAAUCAAAACUAGAUUUAAGGAGAAGGUUUGCAAGAGUUUGCUAGUGAGUUAGCAAAUUGUAGUAAAUUAGAAAAGUUAACUUUAGAUUUGAGUGAAAAUUAAUUAGAAAGCAAAGCUAUUGCUGAGCUCUUUUAGAUGAUAACCAAAUGCUAAAAGUUAAAAGAACUCAAUUUUAUUGCAAAUAAUGGCUAAUAUGAUCCAGUAAGUCUAUUUGGAAUAACAAUAUUUAUGAGCAAGUUGCCUCUCUUGACUAAAAUUACUAUAGAUUUGAGUGACUCUUAAUUAGAUUAAAAUUGUCUGCUCGGCUUUGGUGAAGGCAUCUCUAAUUGCUUAUCUAUUUAAUAACUGAAGUUGUAUUUAAGCGGCAAUUAUUUAAGUGAAAAAUCUAUCUUAAAACUAGCAAACGAUAUUUCUAAACUGAAACAAUUAAAUAAUUUAACAAUAUACAUGAGAACAAAUUCUCUUAGCUUAACAGGCUGUAAAUUGCUAGCAAAAUAAUUAACGAAAUUAUCUAAUUUAAGAUUUGUAUUUCUAUUCAUGGAGGGAGGAGAAAUUGAUUAAUUUGCAUGCUAAAAAAUAGGAAGGAUCUUGAUUAAGGCUAAAAACAUGAUAGAUUUUUAUGUUUCUUUGUGA